AUGCUGAUGAGACCCGGACCAACGCUUCUUCCUACUCGUCCACGCCUAAGCGCAAGUUCGAGGACUUCGCCCCUCCUGAUGGUCCCCUAGUCCCUCCCACUCCACCCGCGCCGCCGUUGGACCGGCGAAUUUCAACCACGGAGCGGACUCCAAGCGAAGCCCAGGGGGUGGGGGCCCGGGGGUAUGGCGAGGAUGAGAUAAAGCCAGUGGUUGCAGGUGGUUAUGAAAGUAAGAAACCGCCCAAAAUGCGCCCGCCCAUGCGAUCCAGUAUCGCCUGUCUGCGGUGCCGCAAGUCUAAAAUCAAGUGCGAGAACAACGGCGGGAGUAGUCCUUGCGACGGUUGCAUCAAGACCGGCAAGAAGUGCGAGUUCAAGCUGCCCGAAGCCAACCCAACGCCUCCGAAACGGAGCGAGCCUCCGUCUUCCAUCAAGCAAGAACGUGAUGGAGGAUCUGACCGGAAGAAAUUGAAGAAAAUCGACGAGAUUGCCAAGGGGGACAACCAAAAGGUCACGCUCUAUGCUGACGAGGUCCUCGCCGCCCCUUUCUUAACUGAAGAUAUUUGGGACCAGGUACUGGAUCUGUACAAGUUACAUUUUGCGCCAGAGCUGCCAUUCUUGCACUUGCCAAGUAUGAGAGAAUACAUAGGUCGCAGGUUCAGGGCACCACAGCCAGAGCCGACCGACACCAAUCUGGUGCUCCUAGGUGUCCUUGUCCUCACGGCCAGGUUCCACUCCGAUCUUGUCAAGUAUCUGGCGCACGUAUACAGCUCACAGGGUGGCAACGCGAGGUCCCGCCCAGUCCAAACACAAAUCGAUCCAGCCGCAGCGUCUGAGUAUUAUGCCGAUACUCUUGCGGUGGCACUGGGUCCGAUGAGAACGGCGAUGAAAGUCGCCUCACUCGAGCGGGUACAGGCGAUGCUCAUGCUGGGCUUAUACGAAUGGGGCCAAACACGACCUAAAACCGGAGGCCUGAGUGCGUGGAUGUACGUUGGCUCUGCGAUCAGAAUGGCUCAGUUCUUGAAUCUUGGCUUCGGCGACAAUCCAAGAGACUCGGGUGAUUCCAAAACCCGUCCUUCCGAUAGUCGGCAGAGAAGAACUUCGAUGUCGCUUUCCCAGACGACCUUGGAUAAUGAGGUGAAGCGACGCACCAUGUUCAGUUGCUUCAUUCUGGACCGUAUGCUCGCAUGUGGUAAAGAGCGACUGUCGAUUAUCCAGCCCGACGACCUCCAGAUCCAGCUUCCUUGUUCAGAAGACAAGUUUGAUCUGGCCAUGGAGGCAAAUACAGGGUUCCUCCGCCCACGCAACGCUCGCGAGAGCGCUGCCACCGACGACAGCGUGCUGAGCCAAUUCAUUCGCCUCGUCGAUAUCUGGGGUGAAAUUUCCAGGUACAGCUCAGCAGGAGGACGAGUAAAAGACGCACACCCGCCGUGGGACCCGAACUCGAUAUUUCGCCAACUCCGCGAAAACCUGGCGGCCUUCGACAACAAUUUGCCCGAUACAUUCACAUUCUCGAGGUCAAACUAUUUCAAGCACGAGAACCAUCAUGCUUCCAGCGUCUAUGUUCUUCUGCACAUGCUCAGAAAUGUCUCCCUCAUCAUGUUGCACAGAGAAUACAUACCAUUCGUGCCUAUCCGAUGUGCUGGUCCGGAAGGUCCUCUCGACAAGCCCACCUUCCCCAAAGACAACGCACGCCGAGAAUUCUGGCUAGAAAGUGCUGAACAGGUGUUCAAGGCUGCCAGAGAGAUUGUGGACUUGAUUGAGAUAUGCCAAAAAAAGGACAAAUUGCCGCAAUCCACCAUCGUCUUGUUUGCAAUUUGGACCGCUGCGUUUGUUGGACUAUAUGGUGCCCACUUCCCUCACAUGGACGUCCAACAACACAUGCUGAGCCAUAGGUGGAACGAGCAAUCGGGAGACGCCGAAGGCGAUGUUUUUCAACAUGGCCCCACGGGCUUGGCUUAUCAAACUCUGAACAAGAUAUCCUACUGGCUGAAGAUGGCCUCUACCUACGUUGGAGUUCUCCAAAACAUGGACAUCUACUUCGACAAGAUAAAGCAAGACUUCGACAGGCACGUGGAUAAAAAUAAGUCUCUGAGCGAGAAGAUGCCUCUGAGUCUGCGCCUUGGUGGCAGAGGCGGUGCCCUCGAAGAAUACCAGCAAAUGUCGAAGCAGCUCAAGGAUUUUGGGACUCUUCAUCCGGACGACCCCACGCACAUGGACAGCUCAGAUCGGUCUCGAGCUAGCACUAUGGAACGGGCAUCCUCCGUCGGCGCUGACAGCCAUAACGCUUCUGUUAUAGAGCGGGUUCGAACCCCAAGAAGUACUCCGUCGGCGUCCUUCGUCGCGAUAAACCAUGGCCUACCGGACCCUAGUGUUUACUCGGACAGGACAGCUGGGCCGUCUGGUAAUCACAGCGAAGUCCACACAGACCACUGGAGGGGUCAGCAGAACCCCAUGCGUCCACAUCAAUCGCCAAUCCAAGGUUACGCCGUAUCACAUCCUCCAGGCACCAUGUUGGACCCGGCGACAGCUGCAGCUCAGGCAGCUCUUCAAGUCGGCUAUAGUCAGCAGCAGUCCCAGUCUCACCAGCCUCAAUCCCAUCAGCCCCCCCCUCACCUGCAAUUUGAGCUCGAUCACGAAGAGUCCAAGCGGUUCGGCGACACGAACGAUCUCGGUAUAUUAACACAAAACGACCCUUGGCUAGACCUCUUCCCACCUGAUAUGCAGCACAUGCAGCAGUUCGUACAAGAGUUCCAGUAUUCAGGAUAAACCAAAACAAAAAGGAGGAAUUGAAACGCAUGAAAGGUGUUUCAGGAGUUGAGCAUGUGUGACAGGAAAAUUAGGAGAUUCUGUACCUAGCGGGCUGUCUACACUGGUUCACCAAUGUUUCGAACAUCAUGGGCAUGUGUUUUUUGUGCCGGGGUUUCUUGUUUGCUCGGAGAGCCUUAGUCGGGCUGAUGGGAGAUGUUGUUAUGUUUUUCGCUUCUAAGAUAUCCUGGAUAGUAUGCGUAAUUUGAGGUGAAAGUCUGUUCGAAUUUAAUGCGCAAUCAGUCAGUUGUUUCAACGUGUUUUGGGGGCAGG